AUGUUUUUACCAUUGGUAUUGUUGGAUUUGCUGUUGAUUGGGAGAGUUGCUACGACAUACGAACCGGGUUUCAGUGCUCCCAUUGCAAAUGUGACGGCCCCGCUCGGACGAGAAGCUGUUAUGGCAUGCACUGUCCACAAUUUGUCCACUUAUAAGGUUGCGUGGCUGCGAGUGGACACCCAAACUAUAUUAACAAUACACACGCACGUUAUAUCAAGAAGUAGAAGGAUUGGUGUGACGCAUAGUGACCACCGAACCUGGUUCCUUCAUAUCAGAGAGUUAAGAGAAACAGACAGAGGGUGGUACAUGUGUCAGAUCAAUACUGACCCUAUGAAAAGUCAACUUGGUUAUUUAGAUGUGGUCGUGCCACCAGAUAUUUUGGACCGAGGGACAAGUACGGACCAGACCGUACGAGAGGGGGCAUCCAUAAGUAUCACGUGCGCGGCCACAGGUUCUCCACAUCCUCAAAUCACAUGGCGGAGAGAGCAUUCUAAAACCAUAACUGUGUCAGAUGGUAUACAAGUGACAUCGUUAGAAGGUCCUGUUUUAAAUAUAACCCGAGUAAAUAGGCAGCACGCGGGGGCAUAUUUGUGCAUUGCAUCUAACGGUGUGCCCCCUACAGUGAGCAAAAGGAUAAUGCUUACUGUUGAGUAUCCACCUAUAGUAACAAUAAGAAAUCAAUUAGUGGGUGCUGUGUUGGGUUCCGAUUUAGUGCUAGAAUGUGAAACGGAGGCCUACCCAAAACCUGUCAGCUACUGGAGUAGAGAAAACGGGGAAAUCGUUCCCAUCGGUAGGGGCUUGGAACCGCAAAAGAUAGCUGGUUCGUAUCGCACUAUUCUACGGCUUCCCAUCCGCAGGAUAACCAGCUCGGAUUACGGGGCAUACAAAUGUGUCUCCAAAAACUCCUUGGGCGAUAGCGAGGGAACUAUUAAACUGUAUCCAAUGCCAUCACCAGCAGUGGAUAAUAACAAUGUAGUUCAGAGGCUGAAUAUCGUUGCUGACAAAUCUUCUGAUAGUACUCCGUUCGGUACUCAAGAUUUCAGGUUACAAGAUUACAACCGAGGGGCUUGGAAGGAUUCUUUCCAUUUCAGCUUACUGUCCUCAUUAGUACUUGUUACUUAUGUUGUUACAUCGUGGACUUUUAUU